AAUAAUUGUUCCCUUUCCCAUUCCUCCACCGUCAUCAUGUCCGACUUUGACGACGAAUUGCUCGAGCUUGUCGAGGCUGGCUCAGACAAGAAACAGAAACGAAAAUCGAAAACAAAGUCUUCAAAGAAACGAAAAGCCGACAUCUCUGACUACGAGAAUGAACCUGAAAGCGAGGAAGAUGAGGAAGAUCCCUAUCCUUUGGAGGGAAAGUAUGUGGAUGCAGCCGACAAGCACAGGCUCAUGCAGAUGUCCGAGAUUGAGCGUGAAGAGAUCAUCACCGGACGAUUAGAAGAUAAGCAGCGCAUGCUGGACAAGCGAGCCAUUUCACGCAUGGUCAAAGACCAGCGUUCUGGUGACAUGGACGGCGUCGCAAGAGCGUCGAAAAGACCACGCCCAUCACGGGGUUUUACGAAGGAGAAGUCACGCAAGCUAGAUGAGCUCAAGGCCAAACGCAGAGCUAAGAGCGACAAGCAACACAAUGAAGGUUCACCUUUCCACGAUGGAUCUUCGUCUGCCAUGGAUAUGGGCACCUCAGAUGAGGAUGACGAGGACGGUCAGAUCAGCAAGACGGAGCAAGAUGGUGAAAAAGACCGUAAAGCCGUCAAAGACGAACAACCCAUCACCAUGGAUGAUCUGGAAAAGUGUCAUCUUACUCGUGCUAUGAUAGCGAAGUACUAUCUAUCGCCGUGGUUUGAAGAAUACGUCAAGAAUACUUGGGUUCGCUAUCUUAUUGGUAGCGAGGACGGCAAGAACAUCUAUCGUAUAUGUCAAGUUAUCAACCUCGGAGCUGACAUAGUCAAACCGUAUAUGGUUGAGAGCACACUGGUCAACCAGACUCUCGAACUUCAACAUGGCGCAUCAAAGAAACUCUGGCAGAUGGACAAAGUAUCUAAUUCUCCGUUCGAACCGAAAGAAUUUCUCCGUCUCAAAAAUACCUGCGAAACUGAACAUGUCAAGCUACCCUCCAAGGGGGAGCUGGAGAGCAAGGAAGCUCGUAUGGUACAUCUGGUUACGCAACCAAAGACCGAGGCGGAUGUUAGUGCUAUCUUGGCUCGCAAGCACCAAAUAUCAGCGGCCAAAUCACAAAACUGGGUUACUCUGGAACGAGCGCGCUUGGUGCAGCAACGUACGCUGGCUCAACGUCGUCUAGAUUAUCAUGAAGUCGCAGAACUGGAUGCGAAAUUGGCUGAAUUCGUCGCUCAAUACGGCGAAGAUGUCGGCAGCCCUCAGAAAAACAGCAGACGUGAGGAAGACGACACAUUAGCCAAACUCAGCGAGAAGAACCGUAAGGCUAACGCUGAGGCCGUCCGCAAAGCCGAAAUUGCGGCGGCCGAACAAAGAAGAAAGGAGAGAAAACGUGCCCUCGCUGGGAAGAGUGGGACUGCUACUCCGACUGAUCCGAGUGCUAGGUUAAAAACUGUUCCACGGACGUUCAACUCUGCCACACCAAUAUCUAGGCCGGGGACUCCUAGCGGGCUUCAGCCUACGCCGAUGACUCCGGAGAGAAAGACCUCGCUGCUUGUUCCUUCGACAAAUGGCAAAGCCAAGACGUUCGAAGCCGAGGUUAUUGAGACGAUGGAAGUAGACCUUGGAGAUUUUUAGAUCCGUAGAAUUGCUUUCGUUGUUUUGCGUAGUACGACAUCUCUAUCAGCCUAUUUAAUUGUCAUGCAUCGUACAACUUGUCGACAUCAUUGCAUCAAUUUAUGGAUUUCUGUUAUCUAGAUGCUGCGUGUUAUGUAGUGUGUAGUGUAGCCUGUAAAAUGUAUGUCGAAUAGCUGCAAUAAAACAUUUUUUGGGUGAUUCUGUGAAGGGCAUUGCUGAGGCAUUCG